AUGUUGCAUCCCCGUGCAUCAGCCUCAGAAACAGGAAAUCGUGAUGCCGUUAGUGAGAGUCCUAGAAGUGCUUCUCACCGACGCAUAUCAGCUCCCGCAGCAGCAGCUACAUCGGCAGCCUUGCCAGAAACAGUUUCACUCCAACAGCUACAGCAGCUGCAGCAGGAUGUUUGGGCAGCAGAAGCGGAAGCAAAACAGCGCGUCCUGAAGCUGUUGAAAGAGGGAGAGGCGCAAUUUCAUGAACUUCAGUCUUCUCUGCAGCAGCAGCAACAGCAGUCCCAUCAAGCAUCUGUGCAUGUACUACAGCUGCAACAGAAACUUGUAGGAAAUGGAUCUAGAGGAGAUUCUCUAGCAUGCAGGCUGCAGAAAAGCGAGAACCAGCAGCUUCUGCUUCGACAGCAGCUCAGCGUCAUCCAGGAAGUAGAAGGGUUUGUACUUCAGUUGCAGCUGGCGCAGAAGCAGCUGGCCUUUUUCAGAGAGCUGCUCAAGAAGCAACUGCUAGUCGAGGCAGCAGCUUCCCUUCAGAUCUUUGCGCAUGCGCUGCUUCUACCCCUCCUUGCAGCAACAAGGGAUACCAAGCCGCUUCCAGCUAUUCGAGAGUUGCAGCAGCAAUUCAUCGAGGUGCACAAGCAGCUCGUUCUUUCCCUUGACUCACGUCUGCGACAGCACCUACAAGUAUCUUCGCAGCAAAUUACGUUAACACCCGUCUUGCACUGCAGCAGCAUCAGUCGUUCUCCUGAUGCAGCAGCAGGAAACUUUCAUGCCGACAGCCGAGGUGUAGCAGCCAUGGACUGCUCUGAACUAGCAGCAGCAGCUGAAGCAACGGCGGGAGAGAUCUCAUCAGGAUCAGGCAACGCAUGCGGCACUGUGUCUCGCCUUACCGACGUGUGGAAGUCUCUGCAUCACCUUGGACUGUUGCAUCGCCGUUUGUACUUCAUUACACAGCAGAUCAACAAAUGUGUGCUGCAGCCAAGUUUCACAUGGAAGUGGACAGCUGACAGGGAAAAGGCGUUCGAUUCAGAGGGCACUGCAUCGCUGCUGCAGUAUAUAUGUGAUUUCGCUGCAGAAGAACACGUUGAGUGCCGUCGCAUGUGGGGAAAAAUCCUGUGGAAUUUCCUCGAGCAGCCACUCCUGGAGCUGCUCCUGCAUUCUCGUACCGAACAUUUCCUGCUGAGGGCUGAGGCAGCAGCGGCAGACGCGGUGGCAGGAGGUGUGCUGCCGUUUUAUCCAGCGGCAGCUGCUGCUACCGUUAGCAUGCAGAUUGAGCAGCUGUUUCAGAAGCAAGGCUUGGUGUCACCACAGGAUCCCCAGCAGCAGCAGCCGCACACCAGCCGAGCAACGCGUAGAGCCACAGAAUGGCUCGCUAAGGUGUACGUACACCGCAAUGCGAAUCUCCUUGCAGAAGCACGCCAACUGCUGCUACAAGCACUUGCAGGGAGCGCCUCCACUGCUUCUGCCGCAGUUCUGGCUACGGAUGCGAGCAUCCCUGGAGGCAUGCACGACAUUUUGAUGGUACAGCAACUCACUAAUCAGGAGCAGCAGACGCAGCGGCUGCAGCUGCUGCAGUGCAUUGCAGAGGAAACCGAUAUCGCUCUGGUGCUCUUGGCGCCGCUACGGAUCACUAAGGAGACGUGGCUGCUGCUGCAGCUUCUGCAGUCUUUGCUGCGGCACGCAGCAAGAACUGUUGCCAACUGCUGCCACAGUAGCAGCAACGACUUGUCGCUUCCUUGCUGGUGCAGCAUCAUGAGAGAUCAGCCUUGUCUGUGCAGCAGUAGCAGCUGCUGCAGCAGCCGCAUUGCUGCACGUGCUGAGCUGGCUACGGCUCUCUCUAUUUGCAACCUAUUCUUGAUGCUGCGCUUCCUCGAUUCUCAUGCAGCUGCAGCAAUAACAGCAGCUCCUGGGGUAGACAUGAGCGCACCCGCACUAAGGUGGACAGACGCUGAAGUUGUCUGCCGCUGGUUGCUGCGGAUGCCGCUGAUGCUUGCAGUGCAUGCAGCCACAACAGCGUCAAGAGGCGCACCUUUGUACAGUGCUAGCAGCUGCUCCUGCAGCAACAGUAGCAGCAGUUGUUGUUGCAGUUGCCAGGCUGCUGCAGCUCGCAGGACGUAUUCGUUGCUGAGUGACUCGCUGCCUAUCUUUGACGGCUACCCGGAUGCAUCCAUGGCAGCAGCGUGUGGUGUAUCUACAGCGGCGCGUGAUCCCGCAACAACAGCCAAACAGCAGCAAGCCGAGGUUCCCUUCAGGCAACAAAUUGCGGAGCUGGUUGUCGCACUAAAGCAGCAACAAGAGACCAUAUUCGUGAAUAUGCUUAAAGGACUGCAGAAGGAGCUACAAACCGCAUCAAACGAAUUGCAUGAGCUGCUGAAAACGGCAACGCGAAGCAGCACCCGACUCGAGACUCACUUAGAGGCAGCCGCUGGAAUCCUUACGCAGCGCCUCAACAACGCAGCACUAGAUCUCCUGCCCAUAUUGCCUAUUCAAGUGUAUGCGGAGGUUGUCGGGCUUGCAGCAGACUGUCUAAUCGACUGCGUGCUAAGGACCGUCCUCUCCGCCGCUCUUGCUGCAGUCCCGGGAGUAUAUACACCAGAAGCAGCAGCUUCUGCCGCUGGCAGCAACAGCAGCAGAGCGGUGGCGCAGCGUUUAGGGCCGCUCUGCUGCAGAUUGCUGCAGCACGUCUGCUCUCAGGUCAGAACCACAAUGUCGCUGCAUUUGUCGUCGCGGCAGCAGCUAAGACCUGAGGCUGCAGCACAGGCUGAUGCUGCAAGUGCGUCUGACUGGAGUGUAGUGCUGCAACGGUUGGCUGGCGGUGAGGACAGAGGCAUCGCAGCAGACGUAUCGGCACAGCGGCAGCAGGACGAGAAGCAGGGUGCCCAGUGUGCAACAGCGCAUGCGUCUGUUCGCGUUGAGCAGUUUUCUUCUCUGCUGCGAGUUGCUGUUGCACUGCAGCAAGUGCUUGAGGCGGACGUGCUGCUUUUGUUGCAGCACGCGGCGACGCAUGCAGCGUUGCUGCGGCAGACCUUUCGUCCAGUUGAGCACCGCCUUGCGUUAAUCGCUCUGAAUCCCUUUAUUGGGGCAGCCCCUCUAGGGGCGCGCAGGGAGGUGUUUCUCAGCGUUGCAGCUGUAGGGAACGUGCAUCUUUCCGACUGUGUCGUUCCGUCUGGCGGCUGA